AUGGUCAAAAAGGACAUCGGUGGGUGGAGAAUGUGUGUAGACUUCACCGACCUCAACAAGCCCUGCCCCAAAGAUUGCUAUCCUCUGCCGAGGAUAGACGCCCUAAUCGACUCGGCGAUGGGGUAUGAGAUCCUCUGCUUCCUAGACGCCUUCAAAGGGUAUCAUCAGAUAGGAAUGAGUGAAGAGGAUCAAGAGAAGACGGCGUUCUACACCGACCAAGGUGUUUAUUGCUACACUACCAUGCCAUUUGGGCUAAAGAACGCCGGGGCAACCUACCAGAGGUUGAUCAACCGCCUCUUCAGAAACCAGCUCGGCCGUAAUGUGGAGGCCUACGUGGACGACAUCCUUGUCAAGAGCCAGGCCACUUCGACCUUUCUGUCCGAUGUGAAGGAAGUCUUCGGCGUCCUGCGGGACUCAAGAAUGAAGUUGAAUCCCAAGAAGUGCGUCUUCGGCGUCAUUUCGGGAAAAUUCUUGGGGUUUCUGGUUUCCCACCGGGGAAUCGAGGCCAACCCCGACAAGGUCAGGGCCAUUCAGGACAUGUCCCCACCUCGGAACAUCCGAGAGGUCCAAAGGUUGAAUGGACGCCUGGCCGCGCUGAAUCGCUUCCUGUCCCAAUCCGCCGAGAAAGCUCUGCCCUUCUUUAAGGUGCUGAAAAAGACUGACCAGUUUGCCUGGACUGAGGAGUGUCAGGCUGCUUUCGACCAGCUGAAACAGUACUUGCAUCAUCUACCCACCAUUGCUUCACCUCGGCCCGAGGAGAAGCUCUUCCUCUAUCUCUCCGCAGCCGACGAGGCUGUCAGCGCCAUGCUCAUCCGAGAUGAGGGCACCCAAGUGCCGGUUUACUACGUCAGCCGAGCUCUCCGCGGGCCGGAGACCCGAUACACUCAAGUGGAAAAACUUGUGCUGGGACUAGUCCACGCAGCUCGGCGAUUGAAGCCCUACUUUUUAGCUCAUCCCAUCUCCGUCAGGACCGACCAGCCCAUUCGGCAGAUAUUGGUGCGACCUGAAGCUUCUGGUCGCCUCACCAAGUGGGCUAUCGAAUUAGGGGAGUAUGACUUGUCAUACGAGCCACGCACCGCCAUAAAAGCUCAAGCUUUAGCUGACUUCCUUGCUGAGCUCACCUUCACGGAAGGUCCGGAGUCCACCUCCGCCUUAGCCGAGGUGUCCACCCCAUCCCUGUGGACAUUGUAUGUAGAUGGAUCCUCUAAUGGAGACGGCAGCGGAGCUGGACUACUCCUAGAAGGGCCUCAGGGAGAAGUGUGCUCAUACGCCCUCCGCUUUGGCUUCCCGGCCACCAAUAAUGAAGUCGAGUACGAGGCCUUGAUUGCUGGACUCCAACUGGCCCGCAGGCUCGGUGCCCAACAAAUCCACGUCCGCAGUGACUCCCAACUAGUUGUACGCCAAGUUCUUGGUGAAUACGAGGCCAAGGAGAAGACCAUGCAACGGUACCUCUCCAAAGUUCACCAACUCAUCGCGUACUUCGAGUCUUUCGAAAUCCAAAGAAUACCCCGGUCCCAGAAUAAGCGAGCCGACGCCUUAUCCCGGCUGGCUUCCACUUCAUUCUCUGACCUCAACAAGACAGUCUUGGUGGAAGUGCUGGAUGAACCGGGAUACGUGGAAGAGGUGGCCUGCCCCGUGCACUCCGAAGAUACCUGGAUGACCCCGUUCAUCCUUUUCUUGGGUCAGGGAGCACUCCCUGAAGACCGAGCCGAGGCGAGAAGAAUACAACGCAAGGCGGCUCAGUACGCUCUCCGCGAUGGAGAGCUGUACAAACGCUCCUACCUCGACCCAUGGCUGAGGUGUGUCACUCCCGAGGCCGGACGUCACGUCCUCCACGAGAUCCACGAAGGCCUGUGCGGAGCUCACGUCGGCCACAGGAUGUUAGCCAAGAAGACUAUGCUCCUUGGAUAUUUCUGGCCAUCACUUCGGCAAGACUCCCAGGACCUCAUUCUCGGCUGUCCUUCCUGCCAAGUCCACGCACCCGAGCACCACUUGCCCUCAAACUUCAUGGUUCCCAUCACUUCACCCUGGCCGUUCGAACAAUGGGGGACAGACAUCAUAGGUCCUUUCCCCAGAGCCGUCGGGGGUUAUACCUUCCUGGUAACAGCCGUGGAUUACUUCACCAAUUGGGUUGAGGCCGAGCCUCUGAGGACCAUCACCGGGCUGACCAUUCAAAAAUUCUUUUGGAAAUGCAUUAUCUGCCGCUUCGGCAUACCUCAGGUCAUCAUUUCGGAUAAUGGAAGGCAAUUUACCGAGAACCCCUUUAAAGUCUGGUGUACAAACCUUGGCAUCAAACAACACUUCACUUCGGUAGGCCACCUCCAAGCCAAUGGUCAAGCAGAAAACUUCAAUCGGACUCUCCUGCAUGGUCUCAAGACCCGACUCCACCGAGUUGGGUCAUCUUGGGUGGAAGAGCUUCCAAGUGUCCUGUGGUCUUACCGGACCACGCCGAGAUCCGCCAUGCAAGAGACCCCUUUCUCCUUGACCUACGGCGCCGAGGCCGUCAUCCCUGCCGAGAUCCUUACCCCCAGUCCCCGGCUGGCAGCCUAUGCAGCCGAGGUGAACGAUGAAGAGAGACAGCUGGAUCUCGACCUCAUCGAAGAAUGA